AUGGACGAUAAACAGGUCGCUGUCGACCGCUGUGAGGUCGCCUCCACCGAGCAGGUGGAUAAGACACUGCAAUGGAAACGAGAUCUCCUCCUCCUCCCCAUUCUAGGAACAAUGCAUAUGAUUCUCUUCCUGGACCGGACCAAUAUCGCCAACGCUCGUAUAGAGGGGCUCGAGGCCGGCUUGAACAUGCCGCCGACGGGUUACAGCACCGCAUUGUGGAUCUUUUACGUCCCUUUCAUCCUGGCUGAGAUCCCAAGCAAUCUGAUUCUCAUCACGGGCAAGAUCAAGCCUAACCUAUUCCUUGGUGGCCAAAUGUUUCUUCUCGGACUCACGGCAAGCUACCAAGGACUCUGGGCGAUUCGCUUCUUCAUGGGUGCCUUUGAAGUGGCCCUCCCGGCAGGGGCGGCCUAUAUGCUCUCUAUGUAUUACACGAAGCGCGAGUCAUCGGUCCGCUUUGCCUGGUUCCUUAACUUUGCCCUCGCUGGCCCUAUAUUUUCUGGUCUCCUCGCCUAUGGUCUUGUGAACUUGGACGGUGUGGGUGGUCUGGAGGGCUGGAGGUGGGACGCAGCUCGUCGGCUGAUGAGCGACGAUGAGAGGGAACGAUAUGAUGAGUUGCAUUUUAAGCUUGUCUACUAG